GCUUAAGAUCCCCUACAGGGCCCGCAGUCCAGUUCAAAACCUUCUCUCCGGGCCUCAAGUAAACAUCCGGGCCAUGCGGAAGCUUCCGGGCCAGCCCAUUCAAGAUCUGGCAUCCCUCGACUGUGCGGGCUGCGGGAAGAGCAUCGCCUGUUUCAUGGAAGGAUUAGCCAAGAGUCUCUGUUUUCGUAAAAUUUCCUCAAUCGGAAUAGAGGUUAGGAUAGUGUCGAGCUUGGGGACAUCUUUCUCGUCCACGAAAACACCAAUCUCUUCCCAUGGAAUGGCGUCAGCAAACGGGAGCACGAUGUCAUCAGCAAUGAUGACAGGGAUGCACCCAAAGACAACGGCUUCAACUAGCCUCGGGCUCCACGGGGCCCACCCGAGAGGGCAAAGGCAGAAAACGGCACGCUGCAUGUCCUCG